AGAGCACUUCGCUACACGACGGCCGUAUCUUAUCGCAUCCACUCUAUUGAUCACCCAACAUACAUCGCGAACGGUUCGCCUUUUACGGACGAUCGAACCACGUCUAUUGUCCAAUUUAACUUGCAGACGUGUACCUCUUUUAUACUCGCGAGCGAUGUUACCGGUGAAGUCAUAAUGUGUGUACAAAAAUAGAAAUAACAGAAGUUUACAGGAAAAUAGUAUCAAUAACAAAAGUGUUGCGGUUUCUAAUCGAACGGAAAUGGGCACUAAAUCGCCUACGACCAGUGUGAAGUCGCGGGAAAUAAUCGGAUUGGACGCGUUCAGUCAGCGGCGCGAGGUGUUCGGUAAGCACGACACGGUGUUCCUGCCGGCCUCGCCCACCACCAUGGUGCCUGCAUAUAGGGACGCAGACCCCAUAGUCACCUCCAACCACGGCAAGACCACUUCCAACUUCAAGAGGAACACUACCGGCUCGUCGAGCUUCCGCGAUACGAGAGCGGAGGAGCGAAACUAUGAUUUUCGACCGCGGAAGUACUCCGACAACUUCACAUCGGAGCUGAACCAGAGCGACGAUGCCGACUACAGGUACAGCGCUCUGGAGCGUAACAGACGCCUAUCAAAAAUGCGACGAGAGUUUCUAACGUCUAACCUGCACGAGCCGGAUGACAAACCGUUCACACGGGCCGGCAUGCGGGCCUCGCUUCCCACCGGCAGAACUACCGCGCUCAAGUACAAGUUCGAGAGUCCGAACUUAUUCAAAUUCCCAUUCGCCGAACCAUAUGCGACGCCGCCACCGGUGCGAAGAGUGAUCCUCGACGAUUCAACGAGCAAAACGGACGGGAAAGAAAACGAGGACCCCGAAUUAAGACCGAAACACCAGAGCCUACCUGGCAACUCACCAACAAAGGUAGACCAUCAGAAACUUUUUGAAGAGUUGGUAAAGAGAUAUUCACCGCAACGCAAGCCUGUCAACUGGACGCUGCCACCGACUAAACCCAGAGUUGUAGCAUCCGUACCGAAAUCAACUUCCAGUGUCGCUGACGCAAUUGAUAAAGAUGCUACCGAUACAGCUGAAAAGGUAGAAGAAAAUAACAAAUCUGGUGAUGAUGAUGUGUUUGAGAAUAAGGAAAAUAAUAAGGCUAAUAAUGUUACCGAAGAAAAGAAAGACCAGUCUGAUAACCAUGUCCAAAAUGGACCUGAGAAUAUAUCCGUCCAAACGAAGGACGUUGAAAAAGAUUUGAACUCAAGUGAAGAAUCAAAAAUAUCUAUCUCUGACUUAGAAGAAAGAAAUGAUCGUGUUCCUGAAUUAGCCGUUAUCCAAAGACAAAUCAGCAGAGAGUCUGCUCAUAAAAAACCUAUUGCAAUAGAACAAACGGACUUGAGCAUCCCGGCUCUGAUAAAUAAAAUAAGUGAAGAGGGUGACAAACUAGAAACUAAUACCAAGACCGCUAAAAAAGUGAAGAGGAAACGCAGUUUCUUGGACAAACUUCUUGGCAGGAAAAAGGAUAAGUAGGAAACAUCGAAAAGUGACAAAGUUAUUGCAUUGCUGCAAACAAGCCUGCCAAAGAUAAGUUAACAUGGUGAUUGUGAAACAUGACGUCAGUGCUUAUAUCUUUUGAUACUACAAGUAGAACGCUUAAAAUUUUAGUUUUUAAUAGUUCUUUAGGUAUAAUUCGCUUUUGUAUUAUUUGUGUCUGUAAAAAUAAUUAAGAACCAACAACCAAAUUUUUUUAUCACAUUGCAGUGGAGGGUUAUCAGUAAACUGAUUAACGUAAGUGCCAUGUGACACUCCCUAUCUGCCAAAUUCUAAAUGUACUUUGAUUGGUUGAAGUUAACUAAACCUAGAAAAAUAUUUACUACUUUAUACAGAAAGAAGCUUAAUUUUAACAGGCCAAAGUAUUGCUGAGCUUACUACUUUCACU